UUUUGCUGUAAGCUUUGAACACCAGAAAACCCUAACUUUCACUCUGAGAUCGUAUUCUUGUGUUUUAAGCUGGGAAAAUGGUGUCAUAUUCUCUGAACUUGCAAAGGUUUAAUGUCGCUCUCGUGUUAAUGAUUUUUUUUUAUUUUUUUUUGAAGUUCCUGUUGGGUCUGAGGUUUUUUCUUUUGUUUUUGGAGCUUCAGAGGUUUGAUAGCGGUGUAUUUCGGGCUAAAGUUUUGUUGGAUGAGCCCUGUUCGCCGAUCUGAGUGGCAUUUCUGUGGGUGAAAUUGGGGUGUCUGGGUUUUCCUUUUUUGAUUGAGCUGUAGGGUGGAGCUCUAUAGCUUUGUUAAUGGAGGAAUUAGGCUUAUUAUUGUACUUCUCUAGCUUCAUGAGUUUGAGAUUAAUGUUGGAUUUUUGAGUCAUUUUUGAUGAAUCCUAGGAAUCUGUGCAGCUGCACCAUAGGAAAAAUAGGUUUGGGCUUUCCAUGAUCCGUCUCUAGCAUAAGGGACCACACCACCUUCAUCAACGGUGGCAAAAUUUAGGGACCUGCCUUCUUCUCUAGAUUCAUCAAUGGCAGAGCAAAGUUUUAUAUUUCCUUAUGUAGAUGUUGAACUUUAGGGGCACAGACAAGCUUAGGGCUAGGAUUUGAUGUUUCAGCUUCCGAUAUGGAAACCAGGGCUUAGAUUUCCAUCGUCCGUGAACUCUGGAUGCGAGAUUAGGCUUUGGUCUUCAAUGCCCAAGUCUCAUAAAUGGCACAAUUACGUUUAGGUAAUUGUUCAUGGCUUCUUCUUCUACCUCUAUCUAACUCUCUUUAGCAUUGAGAGAUGAAGAAAUCUCUAAGACCAUUGUUCAGCCUGGUUCUCCUCAUAGCGGUGGGCACUGCUUUGAGCUGUCGAGCUGCUGUUCGCCGAAAUCUUAAUUUUAGCCCCCCUGAACUCAGAGUUUCAGUCAUUAGGCCUCCAAUUCUCAAUCAAACUUUGUUGAGUUUUGCUGCAGUUGAGUUAGGAGAGGCUGAAUCUAGGGAAGAGAUUAAUCGACUCCUAGAAGGCAAUUAUGGGUAUGGAAGACACCGAUCAAUUUCAUCGUAUGGGAGAGAAAAUCAUGAUACUCACAGAAGGGCUAUUGGUCGAAUCCCUGCUCAACUAUUGCAUCCUCGUUACACUAAAUUAUGGCCUUCUUUUCGCGAAAAUCUUCGAAAUUGGGCUCGAAGCAAGCGUUUCCAACCAGAUAUUAUGAAGGAAUUGAUGGCAAUGGUGAAGCAACCACUUGAUCGGCAUUAUGGGUCGACCGGUUUGGUCUCAAUUCAAUCAGGUCCGUUUUAUUCGUCGUGUGCUGUUGUGGGAAAUAGUGGGAUUUUAUUGAAGAAGGAUUAUGCAGAGUUUAUAGAUAGUCACGAGAUGGUUAUUAGGUUGAACAAUGCUAGAACAGAGGGAUUUCAUAAGAAAGUGGGUUCGAAAACUACUUUGGCAUUUGUUAAUAGUAAUAUGCUACAUUAUUGUGCUCGUAGAGAGGGAUGCUUUUGCCAUCCAUAUGGAGAGCAGAUACCCAUUGUUAUGUAUAUAUGUCAACCUGCUCAUUUCAUGGACUAUGUGCUCUGUAAUUUAACCCAUAAGGCUCCAUUGAUUAUCACCGACGUAAGGUUUGAUGUUCUCUGUGCAAGAAUUGUCAAAUACUAUUCAAUAAAGGAUUUUGUUGAGAAAACAGGUAAACCACUUGAAGAUUGGGCUGCAGCACAUGAUGGGUCUAUAUUCCAUUACUCAUCAGGUAUGCAGGCAAUUAUGCUUGCUUUGGGGAUUUGUGAAAAAGUCAGUAUUUUUGGCUUCGGGAAAUCAAAUGAUGCCAAACACCAUUAUCAUACCAACCAAAAAGCCGAGCUUCAUUUGCAUGAUUAUGAGGCAGAGUAUAUUUUCUAUGAUGACUUGGUUAAUAGACCAGAGGCCAUACCCUUUUUGCGAGAUGCUGGUUUCAAGAUUCCACCUGUAACCAUAUACUAUUGAGUUGGUUUUGGACGCUGAAUACGGGUUACUGAGCUCUCAAGUGAGGCUGUUGAUUUUGUAAUGAUCAUGGAAGGAGUUGAUCUGAAGAGUUAUUUGUUUUGUUUAAUGAUACAAUUGUUUUAUGAAUGAUUUCUUGUAGCACGUGAUAUUGUAGAGAAGGGAACAUUACGAGGUAAUGGUUCAGUUUUUCUUGUUGGGUCUGCAUCCAAAAUUGAUGCUUCUAUUGAAAAUUGAUCAC